AUGAUGCCUCCCAAACGGCGGUCGUUCUCGCCCGGUCCGGCCGACCUUGCCUUGCGCAAGGCGCCGCGGCUGGCACUCAGCCAGUCCUCGCCGACGGAGUGGUUCCUGGUCCGCUCGGCCCCCCGCUCUGAGCUCCAGCAGCAGCAGCCCCAGCAACAGUCUUGGUCAGACAGAAAGCUCUCGUCCGACCCUGCUGUCUCGCCUUCGUCUCCUGUCCCAGCCUCUGCUGGGCACGCUGCCGCCCCCGCCCCGAUAACCACCACCGAGGGCGUCCCCUCUGUUGCCGCCGCCGCCGCCGCCACCGCCACAUCUUCCUCGUCGUCAGCUGCCCCGACUACCGGCAACAGCAGCAGCAGCAGCACUUCUUCUCCCCCCGGGGCCCGCGAGGCACAACUUUUUUCGUCUGCCACCGCCGCCGAGUCUGGCUCGCCAUUCUUCGUCCGCCAGGACACCACCGCCACCAACGCCGCCGCCGACAAGUUCUUCUCGUCGUCUGAAUCGUCGGCCUCGCCUCGGUCCCGCGUCAUGUGGCCGCCCCGUCGUCCGCAGCAGCUGCCCUACUGGGUAGACUGGCUUGCGGCACGUCGGGCGCGCUCACGGCGGGCCGUGACCCCGACGCCGGCACCAAGGACGGCUGGUGCGCGCGCACCUGGUCCAUUGGCUGCGUUUGCUGCAGCAUGGGGGGCGCAGCGGAAGCAGAAGCAGAAGCAGAAGCAGCAAGAGGAGGAGGAGGAGGAGGAGGAGGAGGAGGAGGAGGAGGAGGAGGAGGAGGAGAAGGAGGAGGAGGAGGACCGCCAGGUGUUUGUGGGUGUCUCAGGAAACAUGCCUGCUUGCUGUGCCUGGCACUGGCCGCCGCACACAGGGAACUGCGGCGGUGACAGUGACAGCCGUGGUGUUACCACACCGGAGAAGGAGGAGGAGGGGGAGGAGCAAGCGGGUGUUUCACUAUUCGUGCCGGCCGUCUUUCUGUGGGCUACGGCCCUGGAGACGGGGGAGGGCGAGGAAGAGGAAAACGAGAAGUCCACGGAGUCAUUGUUCGCGCCCGAGGUGUUGCCUCUAGGCCUGCGCCGGUGA